UUUAAAUUACGCUUAUUCUCAACAGUAGUCUCAGUGAGAAUAGCGUAUCUUCAGCACGAAAAGCAGCAGAGAGAACAGAAAAUUAAAUUGUUAAUUUGUAUUGUACUUAGGACGUGAAAGUGAAUAUAUUGAAUCUCGUUGUGUCGUGGACUACUUUUUUAGUAUUUAAAAUUACGUUCCUAAUAGGAGAAAGUUAUUUAUCUGCGCAGAUCGACUUAUAAGAGACUUUUCGGUAUUUUUCUUCUCUCGUUUGCAAGUUUGGUUGAAGAUUUUGUGAACGAAAUGGAUGCCGAGCAGUUUAGAGAAUUUGGAAAAGCGGCAGUGGAUUAUAUAGCUGAUUAUUACGAAACUAUAAGAGACAGGCCGGUUCUUUCUAAUGUUGAGCCGGGCUACCUGGGCGAUCUUCUUCCCAAAGACCCUCCACAGUCGGGAGAAUCUUGGCGAGACGUUCUAGAAGACGUGGACAGAAUAAUCAUGCCUGGAAUAACACAUUGGCACAGUCCGCAUUUUCAUGCAUACUAUCCAACAGCUCAAUCUUUUCCCAGUGUUGUUGGUGAACUUAUGAGUGCCGGGUUCGGUGUUGUUGGUUUAAGUUGGAUUGCAAGUCCUGCAAUGACAGAACUGGAAGUGGUAAUGAUGAAUUGGUUAGGCCGAAUGCUUGGUCUUCCUGAGCAAUUUUUAAAUUGUUCAGAAGGACCUGGAGGCGGAGUAAUUCAGGGAUCCGCAAGUGAAUCCACUUAUAUAGGACUUUUAGCCGCCAAGGAUAAAAAAGUCAGAGAACUAAUGGAAACGAAUCCCUCGUUAACUGAAGCUGAAAUCAAAGGAAAACUGGUGGCUUAUUCUUCUGAUCAGUCAAAUUCCUCUGUGGAAAAAGCUGGACUUUUAGGAUCGAUGAAAAUGAGAUUACUGCCAACAAAUUCAGAAGGACAACUUGUCGGAGCCGCAUUGCAAAAAGCACUCGACGAAGACAAAAGAGCUGGUCUAAUACCUUGCUACGUUGUUGCAAAUAUAGGUACGACUCCAACAUGUGCAUUUGACAAUUUGGAAGAACUUGGUCCAGUAUGUAACAAAGAAAAUAUAUGGCUACACAUCGAUGCUGCUUACGCAGGAUCAGCAUUUAUCUGUCCCGAGUAUCGGCACCUAAUGAAAGGCGCUGAAAUGGCCGACUCUUUCAACUUCAACCCUCACAAAUGGUUGAUGGUCAACUUCGAUUGUUCAGCCAUGUGGGUGAGGGACGCCCAAUAUCUUGUGGAAGCUUUCAACGUUGAAAGAAUUUAUUUGAAAGAUCAACACAAAGGUUUAGCGCCAGAAUACCGACACUGGCAAAUAGCGUUGGGCAGGAGAUUCAGAGCUUUAAAGUUGUGGUUUGUUUUGCGAAUUUACGGAGUGGAAGGUUUGCAAAAACACAUCAGGGGCCAAAUUGCUUUGGCCGAAUAUCUAUCCGACCUGGUGAAAAGUGAUAACCGCUUUGAAUUAUGCACCUGCAGUAUGGGACUAGUAACAUUUAGAUUAAAGGGCGAAGAUUCUCUUACAGAAAAGCUGUUAGAAGAUAUUUCAAAGAAAAAGGAAUUAUUCCUAGUUGCCGGGCAUAUGAAUCACAAACUUGUUGUCAGAUAUGCAAUUUGCAGUAGAUUAACUGAAAAAAGAGACGUUGACUUUUCAUGGCGCCAAAUAACCGAGACAGCGGAGCAAAUCAUACCAACGCCUAAAAAAUCGCUCACGAAGUCGGAUAAACAAAUACACCCAGUCCUUAAUAUUAACUGCAUAAAUCCUAAUCUGGAAAAAUCUAAGUAACACUGAUAAUGAGCACAAAUUAGUAAUAAUAAUAGUACUCGAUAAGUAUAAUUAAAAUGAAAUGUCGGCAGCGCUGUGUGAUGAUAAAUACAUUUUAGUAGUUUAUUUAUGUGUGAGCAAAGUUGUAAAAUAAUGAACACAUACUUCCCAAUAAAGUGUUAGCAGACAA